AGACGCUCCUUUCUUUCCUCCGCCACUGGAUACAGCGUCUGUGCUCUAGCGUCCUACGAAGCAGUGCCGCAGCCAUGGAGAAUGUGACCAUAUUCGACUCACCUGGGAAGGGGAGGGGUCUGAAGGCUAACAAGGAAUUUUGGGCCGGGGACGUCAUCUUUUCCGAGCCCAGCCUCGCAGCUGUUGUCUUUGACAGUCUCGCAGAGCGCAUCUGCCACAGCUGUUUCCGCAGACAAGACAAACUGCAGAGAUGCGGCCAGUGCAAGUUCUCUCACUACUGCGACCGCACCUGCCAGCGAGCAGGCUGGGCCGAACACAAGCAAGAAUGCGCCGCCAUCAAAAACUACGGCAAGGCGCCCAAUGAGAACAUUCGCUUGGUGGCUCGCAUCGUGUGGCGUCUGGACAAGGAGGGCGACGUGGUGUCCGACACGCAGCUGACCACGCUGGACCAGCUAGAGGACCACAUCGAAGACAUGCAAGAGGACGAGCUGAAGGAGUUCAAAGUGGACGUCCACAACUUCCUGGACUACUGGCCUCGCAACAGCAAGCAGCACACCAGCGAUGUCAUCUCGCACGUCUUCGGACUGAUUAACUGCAACGGCUUCACUGUGAGCGACCAGCGGGGUCUUCAGGCUGUGGGCGUGGGUCUGUUCCCCAAUCUGUGUCUGGUCAAUCACGACUGCUGGCCCAACUGCACUGUCAUCCUCAACCACGGCAAUCGAUCGGCUGUGAAUACUUUGUAUCAUUCUCAACGGAGGAUUGAGCUGCGUUCUUUGGGUAAGAUUGCCGAGGGCGAGGAGCUGACCGUCUCCUACGUGGACUUCAUCAACGUGUCGGAGGAGAGGCGGAGGCUGCUGAAGACGCAAUACUUCUUCGACUGUACGUGCCAACACUGCAAGGAGCGCAUCAAGGACGACCUGAAAAUGGGAGGAAGGGACCAGGACGGCGUCAAGCCGUCAGAGGAGCAAGUGAAAGAUGCAACAGAUUAUUGCUUUCAGAUGCUGGAAAAGAUGGACCAGGCCCGAUUAAAGGGCGAUUACCACGAGGUGGUGAAGAUCUCCAGGGAGUGCAUCGGGAAGACGGAGCCCGUACUGGCCGACACUCACAUCUACCUGCUGAGGAUGUGGAGCACCAUGAGCGAGGUGCAGGCCUACCUGCAGUACUUCGAAGACGCCGCUGAAUACGCACGCAAAAUGGUGGAUGGCUACAUGAAGCUUUACCACCCCAACAACCCCACCUUGGGCAUGGCGGCCAUGCGAGCGGGAGUCACGCACUGGCAAGCCGGCCUGAUCGAGGUGGGCCACGGGAUGAUCUGCAAGGCCUAUGCCAUUCUCAUGGUCACGCACGGCCCAAUGCAUCCCAUAACCAAGGACUUGGAGUCAAUGCGCGUGCAGACAGAAAUGGAACUGAGGAUGUUUAAGCAGAAUGAGUACGUCUACCACAGCAUGAGAGAAGCAGCCCUGAAGAACAGACCCAUGACCAUGAUGCAUGAACCCAAGUCCAUGGAGGAAGACAUCAAGAAUCUCUUCCACCGGAGGAAAUAA